AGUGCGCUCUGCUUAAAUAGGUCCCGCGUAAACUCUGAAGCUUCAAAACAAACAAAUAACAGCAAAAACUUCCGUUUUUACCUCAAAAUGAAGUUUCGAGCGAAAAUCGUCGACGUGGCCUGUUUGAACCACUUCAGCCGAGUCGUCACCACCAUCUCCAAACUGACCAAGAGCUGCGUCCUGCGUCUCACGCCAGACAACCUUUUCUUCGUCAUGUCGGGAAAAGUGGCCAACGGAGGAGUGAGCAUGUGGUGUGAGCUGGCACAGGCGAACUUCUUCGACGAGUACCAGAUGGAGGGCGUCUCCGCCGAGGACAACGAGAUCUGCCUGGAGUUGACCCCGGAGAACCUGUCGCGAGCGCUGAGGACGCUGCAGAACGCCAAGGUCCUCAAAGUCAAGCUGGCCAAGAAGCACUGCCCGUGUCUGACCAUUGCCGCUGAGCUGCCCACACUGUCCAGCGUGGGUAAAGUGGUCACCCACACCGUCCCGGUGGACGUCAUCCCGCGGAGGCUGUGGCACGAGCUGAAGGAGCCCAGCAUGCCCGACUUUGACGUCAGCAUCUACCUGCCGCCUCUGAAGACCAUGAAGAACGUGGUGGACAGGAUGAAGAACCUCUCUAACUUCCUGGUAGUCAAAGCCAACCUGAACGGAGAGAUGAACCUGAAGAUUGAGACGGACCUCGUUUCUGUCAGCACUCACUUCAGAGACCUGGGAAACCCUCCGUGGGGAGACGACGCCUCCCAGGACGGGGGUCCGUCUCAGAGCAGGGACCCUGACAGCAUGGCGGAGGCCCGGGUGGACAUCAGGAGGCUGCAGCAGUUCCUCAUGGGGCAGCAGAUCAACCCCACCAAGGCCAUGUGCAACAUCGUCCACCAGAAGGUCGUCCACCUGAUCCUGCUGCAUGAAGACAUGUCCCUGCAGUACUUCAUCCCCGCCGUGGCGUAGACGCGCCGUCGCGUUCAGACCGGGGAGGAGAAAAGGUUUUGGAGGUGAAGGAAUCCUCCUCUAAAGGAAACUGACUGACGACGUGGAAACAACCAUCAGCAGAACUUCACUGAAUCGACACUGAAGGAGGAGGACGAAGAGACGUUUGGACAAACUUUGCACUUUUUUUUGUACUGUUCGUUUUAAAUUAACAGAAUUAAAUGUU